ACCUGUGUUUCUUCUUAACAAAUACAUGUAACAUGCUAUAUGUUACCAAGUGGUAUUAGCCAUGUGCACAGAGAAACUUUCUGCUGUGUUGGAGAAGCAGAUUCGCCGCCUCUGUCUAAAUGACUUUCCAUGUGGAUAUGGAACCUGGAGAAAGAGCAGAGAUAGCACUGAAGAAGCAGGGACGGAGGAGACAGACGCCCUCCUCGACCUGCUGACCUGCCCUCACUCUCCGUGGCGGCUGGAUGAAUCCUGGAGCCCUCAGGCCUCGGCCCUCAGACAGCUGGCUGUGCUCCAACCUGAACGCCUGCACACAGACUUCAUCUACAGUUUUUUUACUACACUUCGUAUUGUGGACAAGGGAGUGUCAGAUAUUGAUGAUGGGCUGUUAAAGUUCUCAAAGCUGGAGGAAUUGGUGCUGAGUUCCAACAACAUUUCAGAAAUCCCUGCAGAAAACCUACCCAUCACUUUGAAGAUUCUGGAGCUACGUGCCAACCGCCUAUCUGCUCUAAACAGUCUCACCCACUGCCCCCCUCCUCACCUGGAGUACCUCGGCCUCGGCUCAAACUGUCUUGGCUCUGAUGACGACAUCUGUUAUCUUACAGGAAGACACUGGCCACAGCUAGUGUGUAUGGACCUUAGUCACUGUGAGUUUCAGGACCAGCAGGCCCUGCUGCACGCUGUGAGCACGCUCCCCUGCCUCAGGACGCUGGUGCUGGAGGGAAACCCUUUCACUCUGGCUCCCUCGUACCCAGGCUUCACUGUUGACACCCUCCAACAGCUCUCCUGCCUGGACGCCUCAUGGAUCUCCCCCGAGGAAAGACAUUGCUUUAGAGGCUUGGCCAAGAAGAGUGAUCUGAUAGUGGACCGGGCAUCAGCCAGAGUGAUUGUGGGCAGUAUGAGGGGAAUCCCAGACCCGCUGAUGAGUGAGGAUGGAAACACUCCUGAUUUCCCUGUCAUCACUUACAGCUAUUUUAUCACAUACGACUUCCUCGCUCAUCAAACCGUUAACCUGAAUUUUGACAGUGAGUCUAAAUUUGCAGCACAUGUAACAGAGGACUGCUUCAGUUCUGCCGGUCUACAAUCCAACAAAAGUUGUGAGAAAGAAUCGUCCAAACCCUACACGCAAGCAUUGACGGUGGUUACUGAGGAAACCUGCCAUGAUAUUGCCCAUGUGACAAGACAUAGCACAUCAAAGCUGAAAUGGUCAGACUGCAUUGACUUCAGUGACACAAAAACAUACGUUGUGAGUGAUCUGGGAGGCCUAAAACGAUUCUUCAGUCAAGGCCUUUAUCUGACGAUAUUGGAGGAAAAGGUUCUAUCAUGGCCUGCAGCCUCCGAAGAAGUCCCGGGGCCCAAACCAUGCCGAGCUGUAAAAGAAAAGAAAGGCGGUAAAGGGAAAGAAUCUCCAAUUAAAUCUGGUUCCACCAAAGAUAAGUCUAAAGACAAAAAGAAGAAAUCGGUGCCAGAGCUAGUGCAGGAGGCCUCCAUCCAAAGAACCAUUGGCUCUGUGCACGUCCCGCUGCAGAGUCUGGUGCAGAGAGGUGGGAAAGUGGACGUCCUCUGUGACUUUGGUGUUCUGCACGCUGAUACUGAGGUGGAAGCUGCGCAAACACUUGAAAAGGAUCUGGGCAAGAAAAUGAAAGAGGACAAGAAGAAGGAGAAAGAACCUAAGCGGAGAGCAGACAGCGGCACUAAACAGAAGAAUACAGCAGCUUCAAAAGGCAAAGGAAAGGGAACAAAGGACUGCGAGAUGGACGUGCAUCUUGAGUUGUUGACCGUGGAGUUUAAGGUGGAGCUGGAGAAAUGGCAGUGUGCGUCUGAAGCUCAUCAUCUCCUUCUCCCACAGCAGCACUCAUAAAAGAAAGAUUGGCAGCCAGGCUUACUUUCUUAUUUACAGUUUGACAUACUCAAAAACCAGGCCUGGUUAGAUUUCAGUCCAAGGUUUAAGUUUGACAAUUUAUUUAACCGACAAACAAAAAUAAAUGCUACUUUUCUUACG